AAUUUAUCCUUUGGAAUUGGUAUGAGCCUAUGAAAGACGAGAUCCGGAAGAUCAAGGAUCAGUUGGCAUACACGAUACGAAGCCUGAAUCUCGGACUGCAAGUCAAUACGCUAGGCAUAGCAACAACGCUUCGCAAUCAUCAGCUUUCCGAAGCAGAAGAAAAGGCGCUCGAACGGUUAUGGCCACCUGAAAAUAGUGCCUAUGACCCAUCUCGCGGCUGUCUUCUUGGCACGAGAAGAAGCGUUUUGCAGAAUGUUGAGGAAUGGGUGCACUCGAAGGUCCACUCUCAGCAAAUCUAUUGGAUCCAUGGCGUUGCAGGAUGCGGGAAAAGCUCAGUAGCAGCGUCCGUGGCAGGUGCACUAGACGGUCAGAAGAUUUUGUCGGGGUCAUUCUUCUGCAAGCGCGAUAUUCCUGAGCGCAGGAGUACAGGGCGACUUCUCCGUUCGUUGGCAUACUUCCUAUCGCGGAGGGUGUCGGCGUUCAGGAAUGCUGUUCUUCAACAAUUGAGGGACGAUCCUAUCGUACUAGACAAGCCUCUCUCACACCAGUUUAACGUACUUCUUGCACAUCCACUAUCGACAGUUCCUCGAGAGGUGGAGUCGGAGGUGAUGGUCGUCAUUAUAAUCGAUGCUCUGGACGAAUGCGAAGAUAGCGAGACCACUGCAGCACAUCUCGCGAACAUUGUCCAAGCCACGCCUUGGCUCAGGCUCAUUGUAACGAGCCGACCAAACCCGCAAAUCAAGGCAAGCAUGCUCCGAAUUGGCAGUGUCGUUCAGGAGUGCGAUCUGUUCGAAGCGACGACCAACAAUGACAUCCUUCGCUUCAUCCGAAACCAAUUCAACACAAACAACGAACUUCCUAACAUCGACCAAUCCCAGAUCGAUUGUCUUGCACGACACGCGUCGGGGCAUUUCAUUUGGAUUGCCACUGUCUUGAAGCACAUCAGCAUAGGGGGAUUCGGGAAGAAAGACCUCUUACAGCAGAUAAUAGACUCGAAUCCUCGUGCAGCUACUUCGGAACAGCACCUUGACGCUGUUUACUUGCGGGUGCUUGAAAACGCCUGCCAAGGGUCGGUAGGUAUUGAGUGUGCGGUCCGUUGGGUCAUCGGACUCAUAUUCGCUGUCUCAAAGAACAGGCCGCUUCCGUCCGAGGCUUUACAUGCCUUUAUACCGUCCCGCCUCGGAGCCACACAUGACGAGCUGGAAACUAUACUCGGGCAUCUUGGAUCAGUACUGUACAAUGAUGCUCAGACUGGUGCUAUACGUGUUUGCCAUCCAUCAUUCCUUGACUUUAUUGGGAGUCAGGAUAGAUCUGGAUGUUUCUCGAUGACGACAGACGAGUUGGAGAAGAAUAUGGUUGAGAAUUGCCUUCGAAUCAUGUUGGAUGGGCUCAAAUUCAACAUAUGCAAUCUGGAGACAUCACAUCUUCCGAACGAAAGUGUAUUGGACCUCACUGAUCGCGUGAAUUGUAAUAUCUCUCAGCAUCUGCAGUAUAGCUGUCUGUAUUGGUUCACUCAUCUGUCCCGAUCACAAAAGGACGGAAGGUGCGAAGAACAAGUGCAGCAGGCAUUGCGCGAAUUUUUAUAUAAAACUUCAUUACUGUACUGGCUAGAGGCCUUAAGCGUCAUGUCGGAGCUUAAGGUAGCAGUAAUUACUCUCAAAGACCUCCGAUAUUCAAAGUGCUUCAAGAAUGAUAAAGAGCUCAAUUCUAUCGCGUUGGAUCUGUACCGAUUCGUGACAGCAUUUCAAGAACCGAUGGCGAUGAGCGCGCCGCAUAUCUACCUUUCGGCACUACUGUGGGCACCAGUCAAAUCGAUGAUUGCAAACCGUUACUGUGGCCGCAAAUUUAAUAUACGGCAAUGCAUAUUGAAAGGAGUAAAUGACCAUUGGCCUACCAGUUUGCACACAAUAACUACACAUUCUCCUGUCGUCGCUGUUGCGUAUUCACCAGACGGACGUCAUAUCGUCUCUGGUUGUUCUGAUAACACUGUUCGGAUAUGGGAUGCUGAGACAGGUGCACAGGUCGGCGCACCACUCGGAGGUCAUCAAGGCUCGGUCAACUCUGUUGCUUAUUCACCAGACGGACGUUAUAUCGUCUCUGGUUCUUUGGACAACACAGUGCGGAUAUGGGAUGCUGAGACGGGUGCACAGGUCGGCCCACCACUCGAAGGUCAUCAAACUCGGUCGAUUCUGUUGCUUAUUCACUAGACGGACGUCAUAUUGCAUCUGGGUCCAAAGACAGGGCAGUGCACAUUCUCCACACCGGGAGCACAAUCUACAGUGACGGCUUUUAUGGGAUGGAAGGAUCUUGUGGAGCGGGAACGCAGUCUCCAAGCGACGACUUGGAAUCAUGUUCUACGAGUGACGCAGAAAAGACGUAUUCUUUAGAUAGGGACGGCGAAGUGUAUGCUACGGAUAUGAAUGGAUUUGUGCGGUUAAACAAAGAAGGUCCUGGAGCAAAAUCAGGGCUGACAAAAUAUUAUAGGAAGCAUCCAUCGAAGGUUCCAGCGGAUGGAUGGAUCCGGACCCCGACGGGCGGCCUAUUAUUGUGGAUUCCGUACGAGUAUCGUAGUGGGAUUUGCGACAUGAGCCAGCACUGCUUUCCGCACAAUGCUCCCGGUCAUCCUGUUAGGCUGGAGUGGUCGAAGUUGUGUCAUGGAGAUACGUGGACUAAAGUUAAAAUAAGUGAUGAAGACUAGUCUCGUACUCUUUGUCUUGGACGGAUGGUAUAUGCUACAUACUUACAGGACCGUAGCAAACAGUGCAUACUUACAGGACUGCA